AGUUUUUUGUGAUAUCACUAAUAUCACUGAGCACAAAGAAAAAUGUCCCGGAUUGCUGAUAAUUUGGGCCUUCAGCCGCCUUUCAUACAAACCGGAGGAUUGGAUAGUCUUGAUGCGUUAAUAAAUAUAUACAAUAACUCUAGCGAUGAUGUGAAAAAUUUAUUGACAAGAGAAUGCACUAUCCUUUUGCAAUGUUGUUACUGCUGCAAUUUCUUUCGUUAUCCUUUCGACUAUUUGACGCACAAACGUGUCUAUUGUCGCGCAUCAUGUUCGACUACUGCGUCCGCAUUCAGCGCUAUGGCUGUAGAUUUCGCAGAAAAAGCCCUUGGAGAAAUUCGAAACGGCAAUCAAAAUAAAAAGGAAGCAGCAUCACCACAGCAGAAAAACAGAGGAGAAGUAGGGACAUCAUCCGGCACGAAAACCAGUUCGCAGCCGCCGAAACGUGCCAAAGUCAUUCUCAAGCGAACAAAUCUUAUCAACCUUGUCAAUAAACGCAUGAAACAUUACGCAGUAUCAUUACCGAACUCGAAGCACAAAUUGGAAUUACAUACACCGUCUCGUGUAUCACGUGAUGUGGCAGCAACAACAUUCGUAGAAGGACAACAGGUUAUGGAAUCAAUCCCACAUGCACUGGUAACAACAGACAUAAUACGACCGGGUCAGGUUCCAAUUCUUAUUCCACAGGACGAUUCAAGUCGUUGUCGCGAAAUGAACCUUCUUGAUCAUAAAGAUGAUAGCUCAAAAAAUGGUGUCGCUCGAAAACUUGGGACUGAAGAACUUAAAAUUUUGGAACGUAUGGGCAAAUACCAAACACUGAUGGUUGAUCUGAGCUUACUUACUUGUUCACACAGUGAUUGCAAAGAAAAGCAACCAUUUUCAUCACUCUUCACGUUUGCAUAUCAUCUUACUGUGAAACAUAAUCACCGUGCUACAUCAAACAAACGAAUCCCAUGUUAUUUGUGUGAUUUUGAAUCUGAGACAUAUACUACGUUGAUCGAACAUUUGAAAAAUGCGCACGAACAAUAUUAUCAAGAGUACGUCACAGCCCGUUCGACAUCCGAGGAGCUUAAGCGAGGCCGGAAAGGAAAGCAGUCAAAAGCUAUACUAAUGGGGGAACGAAACUUGAAUCCAUUAUCCGUUGAUUCUCUUGGGAAGGAAGAAUCGUUUGAUGGAUCAGAGGGGAUUGGAUAUGAUUCAGUUCCUGUACUGGAACCGAUGACAAAUAUGGAAGCUGAAAAUAUUGAGUUGGCAGUAAAAGAUAGUGUGGAUUACAUCAUUGCAGUUAUUUGUGGGGAAGUCGAAAAGGCUCCGGUAUUGGAGGAUAGUAAAUAUGAGUUGAACACACAAUUUUUGCGUAAUGAACCUUCUUCGAGGCCGCAACUGCGACCGGAAAAACGUACAUAUCUUAAUCACGAAAAGACAGGACAGCUUACAAAAUUGGGUACAUCUGUUUCGAAGAAGAAAAAGCAUGGUCCGAUUCGCCUGCGCAUAGCGCGUAAACGAAUUGUGGGAAAUAUGCCGACGGGUCGAGUAGCUGGUCCUAGCAGAAUCUCGCACGGAAGUGAUGAAGAAGGAAAGCACGAAACUGAAUUGCCGAAGAAAAGUGGUCAAGAGCGUAAACCGAAACCAAAAGCUUGUCAAAUAGCGAAGAACGAUAUUGAGAAGGAUGAGCAGAGUGGAAAUAGUGACGAAGCUAAAGAUGGUCGUAAACAGCGUCCUUCACGUCAACGACUGAUCUCAAACAAAUCUAUAAAAGUUGCAUUUAUUUGUUAUAGCAAUGUUGUGACUGGUAACCACGAACUGGAUGGUAGUGCAGCACGAUCGCCAAUUGCUUUAUCUUCAGCUGGACCCUCUUCAACUGGUGCAGAAAGUACCAGAGAUAUAAUGACCAAGAAAACCUGUCGUUUACAGUAUACUCCACGAGCACGAAGAAUGAAAUAUGGAGAUGAUUUGUUAUCCAACAUCAAUGAAGAAGAAAUUGCAAGCACCUCAUCAAAAGAUGCAAAGAGACAGACAGCUAGCGACAGCGCAAACAUAGCAUCAGGUGAUGGGCGCUCCGCAUCGCAAUCUCGUCGUAAGCAAGAUCUCUCAACAAUCCAUGAAAAUAAUGAGGUUAUGAUUGUACGUUAUCCAAACGGUGAAGCACCUCUUCAGAAGGAUCUCGCUCAAAUUCCUGUCUACCUUACUGCAAAACAACGCGAUCUGUUUCUCUCAUUAAUUCACUCUACUUCAUCUUCAGGUGAUGGCGCAUCAAGUGCUCAUAAACGUAUGCAGUGCGGUGACAUUAUUGCGAAUAUACCGGAAUAUGAAGCAAGCACUAAAUACAUUUCAAAAGCAUAAUGAUUUGCAUAAUUUCAUUGGAUUAGACGAAAGAGAGAUGGCGAUAAAAUUCAAAUGAGCUUUGUCACCCUCACUCUGAUGUGCAGAAGAUACUUCGUCUGAUAGAUAAUUUGGCAGAUGCUAUGGGUUCUGUAUUGUCGAGAACUGCUUUAUAGUAUUUUGUUCUAGUCUGUCUCAUCUUGAACAUAUAUAUAUGUGCGGACGG